UUUGGUCGUAUGCUUGGCCAUGUGUUUGUGCUUUAUUAUAUCGAGUUGAACACGAGUCUGGGAUUCCAUUUGGCAUCGAUGGCUGUAAACUGUGGCUAUAUUCUAAAACGUUGCCAUUCAAAAACAUGCUAAGCAUCUUUGCUAGUUGAUAACCUCUGUUGAAGCCAGUUUACAUCCAGUUUCCAACACAUACAUAAGCAUGCUCAGGAGGUUUUUAGAUGCCUUUGUCAAUGGUAAUGAGGUAUUAAUUAUAUGGCUGGUAGUGGAUGUGGUAGGCACUUUGGAUCCAACAGUCAAUCACAGCCAGAAAUUUCUGCCAAAUGAGCAUGGCAUUUCCUCAGAUGGUUGAUGUAUGGGUCAAGAAUCAUUCUACAAUGUUGUUGUAGGGAGCAUGGGACUGUAUUAAAGCUACUGAACAGAAACCCAAUGUUUACAACUUGAUAGGACUUUAUUGCUACAAAAAACAGCUUAAAAUUGGUAUGGAUGUAUCACAAGCAGUUUUAAUUGAGAGGUUAGCUGGAGCUGCAAUCUUUAUUUAAAAGAGAAUUGUAAGUGCACUUGCUGCCAAAAGGUCAGCUUGGAUAAACUUACUGUUGAAGUAAGGUGACCUUUAGACAUCCGCAUCUAAUUUUCAUCUCAGUGUAUGUGCUCCUGUCUUGGUGUAAACAAGAAAAUUUAUGCAUUUGUUACCAAUCUUAUUUGUGUUAAGCAAGCAGAACUAGCUGUGAUGCAGUUUGCAAGUCACAGGAAAUCAAUAUAAUGGUUGGGGCAGACAGAUCGUGCUCAAAAAAGAGUAUUAGUAAGCUGCCCCAUUUUGGGGAGAUUUGGAUAGCCUCAGCCCCCAAAACACGGUUGGUCAUAACAUGGGCCAUUUUAUUUGAUUUUACAUUUCUUGUAUAUUAAAGAACACAUGACACCCUCAAUAUUUGAUUUUGAUAAUUUCUGCCACAGAAUGCUAAUAUUCAGCAUCAAAUUGGAAGUUGUGCCUGCCUCUGCCUCAACAAGGCUCAACACACAUUCUGUAUUAUUUGCAGUGAAUGAGCAAAGCAACAGUCAUGGAGAAAAGUAUUCUUUUACGUAACAUUGCAAUUGGUCUAACACUGCUGAUACUUCUGUUCAGUCUCCCAAUGCUGGUUCACUCCCAUGGCCACAGUCACGACCACCACGGCCACAGCCAUGACCACCAUGGCCACAGCCAUGACCACCACGGCCACAGCCACGACCACUUUGACGACGAGCCACCAUCGUUCAAGUACUCGCGUCAGGCGAAUGUAGCGCCAGACGAGCUGGCAGAGGAGGCACGCCAGGUGCACGAGGAGUUCCAGGCACACCAGGCACGCGUCAGCAGCGGGCGCACCAGCGAGCAGACGGCCUCGCUCUGGCUGACCGCGCUUGGCUCCACCCUGCUGGUCAGUGCCGCGCCAUUCUUCAUCCUCUUCUUGAUCCCGCUGGACAACAGCGAGGCGUCGCAGCCGCUGCUCAAGGUGCUCCUCAGCUUCGCUGCCGGUGGCCUGCUGGGCGACGCUUUCCUUCACCUGAUCCCGCACGCGCUGCUGGCCGUGUCCGGGUCGGCACCGGGCGGUGCCGGCGGGGGCCACGGCCACUCGCACGGAGCCGGGGAGCACGGCCACUCGCACGGCGCCGGCGGUCAUGCGCACGACAUGGGCGUCGGCCUCUGGGUUCUGGCUGGCAUUGUGGCCUUCUUCGUGGUAGAGAAGUUCGUGCGCAUCGUUAAGGGCGGCCACGGUCACAGCCACGGCCCGGCAGACCGGCAGCUGCAUGUUAAACCAUCAGGGGUGGACGAGACGACGGUCAAAGCCAAAGCCGUCGCCGGAGGAUCGAAAGAUAAGGAUGGUGACAGUCCCAAGAGCAAGGGAAGGAGCAAGGCGCAAGACGCUUCGAGUGAUAAAGAGAGUGCAGAGCGCGUAAAAGAUGAUUCGAAGGAGACGAAAAGGCCUGGUAAAGACAAGGCUGAAACAUCAGAAAAGACAAAAGACAAGAAAUCUACAAAGCAACAGAAUGCUGCUUUGGACAAAGCAACUCCUCAUCAAGAUAUUAAGGUUGCGGGCUACUUGAACCUGGCCGCCGACUUCACGCACAACCUGACAGACGGUCUGGCCAUCGGUGCUUCCUACCUGGCCGGACACUCGAUCGGCGUCAUCACCACAAUAACCAUCGUCCUGCACGAGGUGCCGCACGAGAUCGGCGACUUCGCCAUCCUGGUGCAGUCGGGCGUGCCACGGUGGCGCGCCAUUAUGCUGCAGCUGACGACAGCCGUCGGCGCGCUCACGGGGACCGUGAUCUCGCUGCUGGCCGAGGGUGCAGACGCCGCCGCCACGUCCCGUAUCUUGCCGUUCACCGCCGGCGGCUUCAUCUACAUCGCCACCGUGUCCGUGAUACCGGAGCUGCUGGAGAAGACCAACCUCUGGCAGACGGUGAAGGAGCUGCUUGCCCUCCUGGUCGGUAUCUACAUGAUGGUGCUGAUCGCCGAGUACGAGUGAGGCGCGGUGCCCGUCUACUGCCGCCCUCCCUCUCGUCGCGUGCCGGCCGGGCGGCGGCGUGUGUCGAUCAUUCCACCAGCAGCUGCACGCUGAUGGCCGCGCGUAAGGACUGCGGCCGUUUGAAUGACCAGUAGCGAUUGUCCCCACCCGGCUCGGGGGGGGGGGGGGGGGGGACACCGCGCCUCCGCGGGAGUCUCGCCGCCGGCGUGAGCGCGAGUUUUUUUUAGACUGCCGGCUGUUGAUCUGCGUCGUUUUGAAGCGUGCGUGCCUCGCGACGGAUUCUGCUUGUUGGAUGCUGUUGGUUGUUGGAUGGCGCUUGUCGAACGAGGGAAGGCGGACAAUGGCGAGGCUGACGUUGCUGACCACCGUGCUGCCAAUGGAUGGUGUAGGUUUUCGAUUGGCGCCGUCUCUUAGUUACUUUGCGCCAUGCCGACGCACCCGUUGUGUGCAGUUAGGAAGAUGGAUUUGGCGAAUGCGCCUCAUUUUCGAAGGAUGCUGCGGAUGCGCAGGGUAAUCGUAGAUCAAACGGGAUUUGAACUUGCUUUUGUCGGUUUGUGGUAUUUUAACCAUUUUGUGCGAACGGUGGGAACUGCUUGUGUGAGAGGUGGGUUGGAUACUUAAUGGAAUGCACAUUGCCGUUGCCGAAAUAAAUAGUUUAUCCUUUGCGGUA